AUGCCCUCUCGCCCGCUGCUCCUCCUCGUCCUCCUCUCCCUCCCCUCCCUCAUCGCCCCCUCGGAAGAGGAAGGGGAGCACCAGGAGGAGACGGAGGAAGAGAUGCCGGAAUUCCACGCACCACCCACUUCACCAGAUGUGAUGCGGCCGGUCCGGGUGCUGACCACCGUCUCCAGAGCGGAAACCUUCAUCAGAUCGGUCCCCGUCGCUGUCAUCGGCUUCCUCAAGGACAUGGAGACCACGGAGGCCGACGCCUUCAGCGACGUGGUCCAGAUGUUGAAGAGGUUGCCUUUCGCUGUGGCCUCCGACACAUCUGUCUGGAAGAAGUUCAACAUCAGCAGGAACACCAUCAGCCUCUUCAAGAAGUUCGAUGAGGGACGGGCGGACUACCUGGUGGAGGAGGGACACCUGGAACCCAACGUGCCCAAGAUAGUCAGCUUCCUACGCAUCCACGAACUACACCUGGUGACCGAGUACAACCACAUGGAUGCCAGCCAGAUCUUUGGGUCAGGGAUUCGUAUCCACCUCCUUCUCCUCAUCAGCAAGACAUCAAAGGAGUACCAGCCUCUCCUGGACAAGUUCAAAGGCGUUGCCCCUGAGUUUCGGGGCAAGGUCAUCUUCGUCCAGGUGGACACGGACAUGAAGCAAAACAACCGGGUCACCUCUUUCUUCAAGGUGACCGAGCAGGACUUGCCGGCAAUCUGCGCCUUUCACGUGGUGACCAACGCGGCGAAGAUGAUGCCGGCUGGAGACGGCACGCCGGACUCAAUACGCAGGUUCUGCCUCGAUUUCAUGCAGGACAAAGAGGGGCCUCUGAAGAAACCUCCAUCAGACGAGUUGUGA